GAUGUUAAAAAAUGAAGAGACGAGAGUUUUUCUUGUUGUUGUUCUUGCUCAUUGUCUCUAAAACUACCGUUUUCGACAUCGAAAAUCUCGGAAAUAAAGCGUGUUCUUGUUGUUCCUGCUUAUCUUCCUCCUCAUGAAUAUCAUCUUUUCAUCAUCAUCUAUUAAUUCCAACUAAUCUCCAUGUAAUAAAUAGCUUCAUAAAUCAUGAUGAGAGAAAGAUAUUGUCAUUUUUGCAAAUCUGCGAGUAGGGAAUAAUAAUAUGCAUUCCAAUACUAUUUUUUUCCCUUCUUCUAGCUACAUGCAUGUUUUUGUGUGUUAUUAUGGAACCUUGGUCUUGAGAAAAUAAAAAAAUGUAUAGUUUCCCCUUAGCUUGUUUUUGGGAAGUUAGUACUUUCAAGCGUUAGAAAGUAAACCAACAAGGAAACGGAAAAACUUUUUCAAGCAGGAUUAUACAUCUCAUGUUUCUAAUUAGUAUAAUGCAUAAAUUUGGAAUGUACAAAAAGCACGCGUUAGAUAGCUUAGUGUUAUAUAAGAGUGUUAAAGCGUGAAGGUUUUUUUACUUACUGAUUAUUGAUUAAUAUAAUCAAACCCUAAUUAACUUCUUUGUACGUAAGAUAAUCACAAGGAUGAUCUCCAACCUUCCAGUGGAUGUGCUAGAAGAGAUACUCUCUAAGGUUCCCGUGACAUCUUUGAGACGAUUACGAUCAACUUGCAAACUAUGGUACCAUCACGCUUUAUUCAAAGACCCUGGAUUUAUCAAAAAGCACUCUGAUAAAACUGAAAGAGAGUACUACGAUGUCAUGUUGAUUGGGUAUGAGGUUUAUUCAGUGAGUUCCAAUCUCAAUGAAGUUCACCUCAACUCUCGUCUACGGUUGAAAGGUAAUCAUAGCCUAAUUAAUCGACCCCUUAGUAAUUCAGAUCAAUUCGGUAUAUAUGAAGCCUUUCACUGUGAUGGUUUAUUGCUAUGCACCGCCGUAUCAAGAAAGCAUGAAGCCAGGUGUGUGGUUUGGAACCCCUUCUCGGGGAAAACCAGAUGGAUCCGACCGAUAAGUCAGUAUCAGCGGACACGGGAGGUCUAUGCGCUCGGUUACAAUAACAAGGAAUUGUGCCAUAACUACAAGAUCUUGAGGGUUAUAAGUAGAAAAGAUUUGGAAAUCUAUGAGUUUAGCUCUAAUUCAUGGAGAAGUCUUGAUGUAUCUACCCAUGAGAAAUUUCAGCAUCUGUGUGUGCCAUUCCAUAAAGAAGCAGCAUCUUUUAGUACCAUGGCUCUCUCAGUUGUUAGAGAAGAACAUCUUUCGUUGUUGCUGUAUCAUACGGGCAUAUGGAAAUCAAAGAUUGACAUAUGGAUCGCCAAAGAGAUUGAGACCACAUUUACGUCGUGGAGCAAGUUCUUACAUGUGGAUUUAAAACCCGGUAUCAUGAACUGCAAUUUGCAUCCCAUAAGUUUCUUCAUUCAUGAGGAGAAGAAAGUUGCCGUUUUCUGUGACGACAACAACAGCAAGGUAUGCGUUGUUGGAGAAGAUGAAUCCCACCAAGUACCAUUAAUUUACAAAUGUUUGUAUUUAAAUUAUUGGCCUUUCCCAUGUCCGCCAACGGUGUUUACUUAUGUUCCAAGAUUCGUUUAAA